GAAUAUUCUGCCUUUGUGCCACCUUUGUUAGGCAGUUACAGAUUCUACUUGGCUGCAGGCAUACAUAGCGAUGUACUGUGACUGAUUCUCUUUUUUGUCCUUCCUUGGUGGUUUCUCCCAUAUUUAUCUUCCCAAACGUUCUGAUCAUCACCUCUGCAUUUGAGUCCUUCUGAGAUAGUCACAACAGUGGCAUCUAUUUCAUCAAAAUGCAUUUUCAAGGCUAUUUCUCGAUAAGGGUUUUGUGUGCGUGAAAAAAAUCCUGUUUGAUAUUAUUAGGAAAGGACAAUCUGGAAGCACCUCAGAUCUCAUUCUAUACCAAGAUGAAAUCCAUCGCCAUGAAUAUCCUCCUUUGUCUGUUGAUUGGGUUCCCUGUUCUGAAGGCAAAUGACCCUAUAGAUAAGGACAGCCCCUUUUAUUACGAUUGGAAGUCGCUCCGUAUUAGUGGUUUGGUCUUUGCAGGCAUUCUGUGUUUUAUGGGAAUUGUUAUCCUCCUGAGUGGAAAGUGCAAAUGUAAGCCCAAGAAGAAAAGCAGCACGCACGUCAACGUCGGUGGGGCACCAAAACAACCCCUUGCAGAAGCCAGCGAGUGCUGAACAGAGCCUCUUCUCGUGAUACCACCAGCCGUGACAGUUCUCCGUGAAACGGCUCUUCACCUGACCAAUAAGCCACUGGCUUGUUUUGUUGCCUUUUCUUCUUGCAUUUGUUCUGUGAAAUAAAAUCUCACCGCCAGGUUAAAAAAAAAAAAUACCCCCAAUGUAUGAACAACUUUACGCUGCAAUAGAAUUGCUCGGCCCCCAGAAUGGGUAGAGAUCUACUUUGUGGGAAGUGGUUGGCUUAACUCUGAUUUAUUAACUAAACAAGACCUGGGUUGUACUAUGCAGAAAAUCAGAAACAAAGUCUACCUAUGCUGACUUGUUCCAUUAGUCCUCGACUUGUGGCCACAACUGAGCCCGUAGUUAAACACGACGGUUGUUAAGUGAGAUUCUUCCCAUUUUAUGACAUUUUUUGCUGCAGCUUUUAAGAAAAUUACUGCAGUUGUUAAGUGAAUCAUAUAAUCACUAAGUGACUUUGGCUUCCACCCCUCACCCCCCCAUUGAUUUUGCUUGUCGGAACCCAGCUGGGAAGGUUACAAAGGGUGGAUCACGUGAUCCCAGGACAUUGCAUUCAUCAUAAAUACUUGCCAGUUGCCAAGUGCCCAAAUGUUGAUCACAUGACCAUGGGGAUGCAGACCGUAAGUCACUUUUUUUCAUUGUAACUUUCAAACGGUCACUAAACGAAUGGUUAUAAGUGGAGGAUUACCUGUGCCUCAUUCUGUAACCCCUGAGAAUAUGCCUUGCUCACUUUCUGGAUCACCCUUCUGGGCGAACGCUGUCAAAUGGUGACUUAUUCAAUAAAUCCUAGUUCAAGAAACGGUGAUUUAACAUAA